CAUGCACGCACGCACGCACUACUGACUUGUACUUCUUCUAAGAACGAAAGCAAACGUAAAUACGAAAAGCAAGAAAAAAAACUGCAUCCUCCACCCACCCCUCCUCAGAACCAAACCACGCAUCAAAUCACAUCACAGCUCGCACGCACGAGACCAAUCAGCGCCGAGAGGCUCUGUCUGAUCUGUUGAAGCGAAGGGUGAUUCUCCCGGAUGUUCAGACCAGGACUAGAGCGUGCUCUCGCAAGGACCGCACGACUUGGCAUCGGCAAGAACGACGACGACUUCCUUCCGUACGAUCGGAUGCUGGCGUUCAUCAAUAAGGUGUAGAGAACAUCGUUGCACCACUGUGAGCACUGAGUAGCAAAAACAAAGAAAGCGAAAGCACUCGUCGCACCCAUCCUUUAUCAUAUUGUAGUGGAUCAAUCACCAGAGAGUGCGGGAUUACGUACGGGUCGCCAAGCAACCAAAGGGAAAGAGCAUCUAAGACACAAUUCCGGAGGAAGGGUGUACGCGGGUGUUGUUCUGUCGAUCCAGAAGAGCACCGCCGGCUCCAGUUCCAUCCAUGCCUUUCAAUAUAGCGGACUUUCGUGUGAGUUGAAGUUUCAAUAAAAUGGGCCAGGAGAAAUCUCUGCCCUCCAGAUGUACUUCCGCACAUGACUACCGACACCAUCAUCACCACCACCACCAUCAUCAUCACACGGCGUCCCUGGCUUCAUCGACGGGAUCGAAAUCCUCGGCCGCUCCUUCACGUUCCCCUUCGACGGCUUCAACGACCUCAUCGGCCUCUUCGGCGUCGGCCACUUCCUCGUACAAGAGCGUCGAACGGCAAACCAAAUACCUCAACGAGCAUCUCUACAUAAAGUCCUACUUGGACAUAGAAGAGGAAGACCGGAACGCUAAAUUGUUGUUCCAGAAAGUGCGACCCGGGAUACGAAAUUAUACGCCCAAAAUCCUCUCCGAGAACAACAAACAGGAUCUUGAUGUGUGGAUCUAGCGAACCAGUACCCAGUAGAACGCCUUACACACAUGCCGAUUCUAUCACCUAGAAAAAUAAUAGAAGAAACUUCCUAGGAUUAAAAUUCCGUCGCGCAAAACCUAUCGCUGCCUUACACCCUCUUCUGGUUGGAUUCAAAAUCAACUCCUUCACCGCAUCAUCAACACUUUUCGGCGGCUUUCUUUAGUGAAGUACACUUAUUUCUCUCGUGCAAUGGCUCUUGGACUCGCUUCCAUAGCGGCAGUAGCUGGAGGAAUAACGCACACCCCAAUAGCACUACUCACUCUCAUACCACUUAUAGCUGUAGGAGUCAAUUACUAUAGAUACCAAAGUGUGGAUCCGGAAUCGAAACCCAUUGAUGCAGAAACAAUAAGACGCUAUUAUGACUUUAUUGUCAUUGGAGCCGGAUCGGCCGGUGCCGUUGUGGCUUCACGUCUCUCAGAGAUACCAGAUUGGUCCGUGCUGCUGCUGGAGGCCGGGGGAGAUGAAACGGAGGUGACGGACGUGCCUUCGCUGGCAGGUUUCCUGCAGCUGACGGAGUUCGAUUGGAAGUAUCAAACGACGCCUUCGGGUGAUCGCAGGUACUGCCAGGCGAUGAUAGGCGAUCGAUGUAAUUGGCCUAGAGGAAAAGUGAUGGGAGGUUCAAGUGUGCUCAAUGCAAUGGUUUAUGUUAGAGGAAAUCGUAAAGAUUACGACAGUUGGCUGGAGCAGGGCAAUAUCGGUUGGGGUUAUGAUAAUGUGCUGCCGUACUUUAUAAAAUCAGAAGAUAAUCGAAACCCUUACAUGGCACGGUCACCAUAUCACGGAGUUGGAGGAUAUUUGACCGUCCAGGAGGCCCCUUGGAGGACGCCACUUUCGUUGGCCUUCGUCCAGGCAGGCAUUGAGAUGGGAUACGAAAACAGGGAUAUCAACGGUGAAGAUCAGACGGGAUUCAUGCUGCUCCAAGCAACGAUGAGACGCGGCAGCAGAUGCAGCACGUCCAAAGCCUUUUUACGUCCGGUUCGAUUGAGGAAAAACUUGGACAUAGCAAUGCACUCGCAGGUCACGCGAAUUCUAUUCGACAAAAACAACAGAGCGUACGGAGUAGAAUUUUCACGCAACAACAAGCGGCAACUGGUGUUUGCCAAGAAAGAAAUCAUCCUUUCAGCAGGAGCGUUGAACACUCCACAAAUCCUGAUGCUAAGUGGCGUAGGACCAGCAGACCAUCUAGCUGAAUAUGGCAUCAAGGUACGCUCGGAUCUGCCUGUGGGAGAAAAUCUACAGGAUCACGUCGGGCUAGGAGGAUUGACGUUUAUUGUUGAUGAACCAGUUACGGUUAAAACAUCACGUUUUACCACCUUACCAGUAGCAUUUGAUUACAUUUUCAACGAACGCGGGCCAAUGACGUUCCCCGGCAUCGAAGGCCUAGCCUUUGUGAACACGAAGUAUGCCGAUCCUUCAGGACAGUGGCCCGACAUACAGUUCCACUUUGGUCCAAGUUCGGUUAACUCAGACGGUGGACAAAACAUCCGAAAAAUCCUGAACCUUCGUGAUGGGUUCUAUAACACCGUCUAUAAACCCAUCCAGAACGCCGAGACGUGGACGAUCCUCCCACUUCUUCUGCGACCGAAAAGCACCGGCUGGGUACGGUUGCGAUCACGAAAUCCCUUCGUGCAACCCUCAAUCGAACCAAACUACUUCGACCACCCCGAAGACGUAGCAGUCCUGGUGGAAGGAAUCAAGAUUGCGAUCAACGUGUCUUACACCCGAGCAUUCCAACGGUUCGGAUCGCGACCACACAAAAUUCCUCUGCCAGGUUGCCGACAUCUGCCCUUCAUGUCGGACGAAUACUGGGCGUGCUGCAUCAAGCAGUUCACCUUCACAAUCUACCACCCGACAUCGACCGCCAAAAUGGGACCAAGCUGGGAUCCGGGGGCGGUGGUCGAUCCCCGAUUACGGGUGUACGGAGUUUCCGGACUGAGAGUGGUAGACGCUAGCAUAAUGCCAACGAUCGUCAGCGGCAAUCCAAAUGCGCCCGUUAUCAUGAUCGGUGAAAAAGCCUCGGACAUGAUCAAAAGCGACUGGGGUCGUUGGUAGCGAACACAAAGACUAUUCUGGGAAGAAAAAACCGAACAAAACAACAGAAAUUCUUAUGUGCCUAUUCCGAAUUUUGUUCUGGACAAUGUGUAAUACUUGAAACAGUGAAAAAAAAGACAAGAAAUAUGUGAUAUAAACAAACAAAAAAUCCCCAGCAUCUGCCGUUCGUUGAAUUGCAGGGCAAAACAAUCGAGAAGGACGAAUCUUACAAAGAGUGCAACGAGAGAAUAUAGUUUAGAAAAAUUCCUACUAGUCAGCACUUUCGGAUUAGAGAAUAAAUCCCAGUGUUACGGUAUACCGGUAAAACUAACUGAAAAGAAAAAAAAAACUAAA